AAAAAAAAAACCUCGUGGACUCCGGGGCGAGCCGCGCCAAACCUUUUUUGGGCAGGCCCCUCGUUUCGUUUUGUGGGAUUUUGGCGCAUCCGGGCUGAAGCGAUCCCGCAAGCAAAGACAAACAAUCUACACGUCUUCUCUCCCAAGUUGUGUUUCAUGGAGCCUUUGUGGAAAUCAUUUGUCACAGCGGCGAGGUCUGGAGUCACAUCAGUGCAGCAUCAUCACAAAGUUGCCACAUGAUGAGCAGCGAGUCGUUGCAGACCCUCACUGACCCAGCGCUUCGAAGCAAGAUGCCAUUAUUUGAGGGGACGAUAGCAUCCACGGGGCUGUCAAAACCACAAAGUAUGCCCGGUUUCCUGGGGAAGCAGACGCUGCAGUACAAUGGGGCCUAUUUUACUUAUGACCCCAGAGGAAAAGACGGAGCAGGAUUCCCUCCUCCCUGGAGCAGCUCAAAGACGUCGCUGCUGGACGGCAGAAGUCCUGUGAGUCACCUCUACAGCAUGGAGGGACAGAACCACAUCAUUUACAGGAAAGACAGCAGUUCUUCAGAGGAAGGCAAUUCUCAUUCUUCCUCUUUGCGUCAUGCCCCUGUAAAACAGGGCUUCAUGUUAUACACUAAAAGUCCUGAGAUCAGCAGUCCCACAGCUGCCACAUCAGUCACUGUCAGAAAACAAAAUCCUGGAGGAGAGAAUUUACCCUCUCCUUCUGAAAACUCAGUUUACUUAGCAAUUCCUAAGCCGGUUUACGGACACAACCCCUGCUGUAAUGAACUGGGCUGCGUGAUCGGACGACGGUACAGUGCAGAACACGGCUCUCCGAGGAUACCAAACACUGUGUAUGAGCACGACUGGAUGCAGAGUGAUGCUCACUACAACGAAAGGCCACAGAGGAAACCUCAAGACACAGUGCUGCAACAGAGGGGCUUGCAGCUCGAGUCCGGUGCAGAUCCACUGAAGAGGAUGACGGUGGAGGCUUACAGCCCAGGUAGAGGGAGGGCUUUGCCUGCUGUGAUUGAGCCAAACUUCAGCAGUUACUCCUGCCCCCCCACUCGCACACUGUUUGGUUCUUUAAGUGAGCACAGCCAGCCUCCGCAGACUUCCCCCAGAGGCUACCCCGGCCUAUACCCCUCCCAUCCAACAUAUGAGCAUAUGACCUCAGAGGUUUAUCAGGACCGUUCUCUCAUGUCCAAAUAUGGCCAGCUAGCACAGCACCCAGUGUUUUACUACCCCCAGGCAAAUGUGGAGGUAGAAAACAGGACGCAGUGUAAAGAUAGUGGCAGUAAGCAGAGAGAAGAUGGCCCUGUUAUUCAUAAACACACAAUCUCAAACCCUCGGGAGCAUUACAUAGUGCCUCAGCCGCUUCAUGCUGAAAUUCCUUUGCCUUUGCCUAGCCCUGAAAUGUUGCCAAAUCAUCCCUUCAUGCAGGGUUUUGACUAUCCAUGUUACACACUUCCACGAUUACAUUUCAAGGCGAGUCAGAUUGGAGCCCCCCUAAAAAGGCAACAUGCAUCACCUACUUUUCACCCGAGUCGCAUAAAUGUUUCCCCAUCCAGUCAACACAUGGAUCACCCCAUGGCCUCUGCAACCAGUCUACAUAAAGACAAACCCAACACCAGCCUGCGUGUUGACCAGUUGCAUGGUUCCUCAGCUUUCCUACGUGUGGACCCAACCAGCCCUAACAGACGAGUCAGCCAAACUCCACCAUCCAGCAUACAAGUUGGCAGAUUUUUACCCCCCCUCACCGGCCUUCACAUAGACCCAUCCGUCCACCCUCCAGCCGGCUUGAGCAUGGACAGACUCCUGGGCUAUUCCUCCCGUGAAGCCCAAAUGACUUGUUCAAAACCACCAAAAACGUUUCCUGUUUCCUCAGCGGCAUGGCUGCCCCAGUCGCCAAAUCACCGGUCGGAUCGAACCCACACAGAUGGACCUAACAGUGCAAAUGUUCGAAAAAUAAUUCAUUACCCCGCCGGUGCAACGGGAAAUAAACACAACGGGUCUGCGUCCAGUUCAGAGACCAGUCUUCAUAAACGGUGCCUGAAGAGAAGCAUUUCUCAUUCAUCUGCGCACGUCAAAGUAAAAGAAGAGGACGAAGAUUUAUACAAAGUGGAAAUCGCCAAGAAACUGCAAAAACUAGAAAAGGAAAAUAUCCAAGUAGGAAAUCAAAUGGACUCUCCUCCUAUGCCAGUUAUUGACAGUGUUUUCAGCUUGGCGCCUUACCAAGCAUACCUACAGGCCUCUGGAGUGUUAUUUCCAGGCAGGUUACCUCCGAGAGCCAUCGAGUCUGAGCAGCAUGAACUCAAACCCAAGAUAGACAUCAAAGAAAAAAGGCCAGAUCGAGAUCAGCAGCAGUCUGUUGUCCGUCUAGGUUCCAAAGAAGUCUGUCCAGACACUCCAACAGAGAAUUCUGUUGUAGAAGUCUUUGAAACCAAAAACAUCAAAGUAGAAAAAGUCGAUCCAUCAGAUAUAAACAGCUCGGUACAGGCUCAUGUUCAUCAAAACGACUGCACCAAAGUGACAAUCAAAAAAGAGUCUGAAGACACUGGUUCAUCUGACAGCGGGCCCACGCUGGUGAAACAGAAGUGCGAGCCUGAAGAACUUGAAAGUAAGCCCUCAUUAACAGAUGAAAAUGAGACUUCUGAUGAGUGUAAACCUGCUCAGCUGACAGCACAGAUGAACUCACCUCUUCAUCGUGACACACACACACUGCACAAACACGCCGACACCCUUCAACCCAAACCCAGUUCUCCACUUCAGCCGUCGGAGAACAAAAUAAGUUUCAAGAACAUUCCUCCCCAUUGUCUUAAACUGUCCACGUACAAAAUUAUCAUCCCCGAUGGCAAACAUUGUGGCCCUGCUCCACCCCCAGAGAAGCCACCUGCACCUCCGGCAGCUGAAUUAAUCAAACUAAAGCUCCAGAUGCCGGUCCGCAAGCACUUCUUGGAACUGCACCAUUCUCUCUGCAAGCUAGUGUCCAAAUCUGUUUUGGCCUCUUCAGAGCAGGAGCUCAAAGACUGGAUGUCUCAGCUGGAAAUGACUGAACCUGCAGCUCCGUCCACCAAAGUGCAGAAAGUGUCGUGCUUGUUGGGGGUAAAAGCCAGAGAGGCGUGGCUCAACGAGGAGAUGAAAUCUGCACUCCACGCGGUCCUGGAGAGGCUGAGAGAGUACACCAUGCAGGAACGCUGCCCGUUUCCACACGUCAUGCGGACUGGAGCUGUGUUUCUCCCCAUGCUGGUGGUGAAGGAGCUGCUGUUCCCGAUGGUCCAGGGCAGCUUCAUCGACCAGGUCCUGCAGGAGCACAAAGUGGAGCUGCGGCCCACCACGCUGUCUGAGGAGAAGAUCCUCAUCCAGCUCCACAAACGAGCCUUCUCCUCCCGGCUCAGGAGGCUGAUGUCCCUCAAACACCUGCCGGACAUCUACGCCGAUGCAGUCAACCUGUUGUACUACACCUGCGUCUGCAAACAGCUGGGAUUAGAUACGGAUCCAGAUUGCAGAGACCAAGAUGGAGUCUGUGAGGCGUCUAACAGCACGAGGGUAUUUUCAGACAUCUCUGCCUCACCGUCCUCACCCUCAGAGUCACACCCACAGAGAUGCAUGCAGAACCAGGAAACACCAUCACAGUGGAGCAGGAACAGGACAAAACACAGAGUAAAGAGCAUUUCAAGGCGCAUGUUUCUAGACGACAGUUUGUCAGAUGAAGAAAACACAGGAGUCAUAGAAAAGACAGCGGUUGGAGGGACUCCGGACACAUUUACAAAGAAAGACUGGGGCGCUCACGAGUCCCCGAGGAUUGAGGAUGGUGGAGUUGAACAUGCGGUCGCAGAGCAGGAUUCUUCCCUCAUUCAACAAAGCACAGCUUCAAAGAGUUCCUGGACGUGUCCUCUAACGCCGGACCAGUUAUCUCCAUCUCCCAGUGACACAGAAACAGAGGAAUCCUCGGCCCCAUGGCCCGUUGGUCCGUCCUCGGGACCGGCCGCAUCUCAGGUCAGAUCCAAGAACUGCUCAGGCAUGAUUCUCAAACUGAGGAGGAUGCUCAGUGACGGUAUUAAGAGAAAAAAGGCUCGAUACCAAGCAGUGUCCGACUCGCAGACCGACGACGUGAAGGGAGCGAGCGGCGAGAGGGGCCGUAAAGUCCGUAAAGUUGUGCACAGGUGGCAGCGAACCGGCAGCUUCUCCCACCACGCCUUAAGACCUCUGAGCAGCUCCUCUAAAAGAAAACCCAGAUCGCUCUUGAAGAUCAAAUACUGCCCCUACUUGUCGGCCUGCCACAGCGCCGAGCACAGGAGGCGGUGGGUCCUGCGGUCGGCUGUCCAGACGGCUCGAAGGGCCAUGAGGUUCUACUACCCGGACUUGGUGGGAAAGAGGAUCCGCCAUCUGUAUGAGGAAGAUGACAAAUCAGAAGUGUGGUACAGAGGAGAGGUGCUGCGUAUCCACGAGGCUCACACAAACCCUCUGAAGACUAUAUUUGAGGUCAGGUACGACAGUGAGCCAGAAUGGAAGUACUAUCUAGAGCUGCUGAUAGACUACAAAAAAGGUUGGCUCAAAAUCGAAGACUAGUUUUCCCACAAACGCUUUUUCUUUUUUCUCUUCUCUCCUCAACUUGCCAACAACAGGCGUACAUCUGUCUGGCCUCCUCAAGAAUGAAGCUGGACUAGAUAUGGUUGGUAAUAAGGCCACUGAAACAUUCCUUGUCACUUGAGAGCGAUGAAUUGCUUUCUUCAGGGAUGGGCUCUAUAUCAAGUGUGCAUGUUUUAAGCUCUCACCAUCCUUGACGCACGGUAGCUUUUUUAUUUUAUUCACACAUUCUGCCCUCGCUGUGCUUGGCUAAAUAAAACAUUAGAAACCCCCUCCCCAAACAAGCCUUCGUUUUAUAAAUUGACUUGUGAGCAACUGUGAAGUUAGAUAUUUAUUUUUGGUCACUUAGGUGUUGAAAAAAAAAAAGUAUAAUCCCGAGUGCAGUUUGUGAUUUUUCUAUUUUGCAGAAUUGACAUGAAGUCAUUUUUUUUGUAAGGGUUUCACUGUCAAACAGUGCCAGACGCAUGUAUGUAGGUUUACAGUAAUGCAGUGCCAGUCACGUGUGCCUUGAUAGCACAGAGUGAAGUUUUAACCCAGUCGUCUGUGGAUUUUAUUUUUUAAAGUGUGUGUAACUGAAGCUGGACAGGCAUUAGUGUAGUUGUGAACCAAGCUGAGGUUUUUAAACGACACAGACUAAGAUGCUGCCAUGUCGUCGUGUAUUUAUCACUGUGAGCCUUAAGACUGAACCUCAAAUCAUAUUACAAUUUUGUACAUCUUGUCUGACUUCCACAGAUUGAAUUUAAACAUUUUUCUCAUUUUGUGUUAAAUAUUUGAAAUGCUAUUGUGUUUUUAUGUCAUGUUGCUGUAUAAAUAUUCAAGCUAAACUUUGCAAAUUGCUACAUCUUUUGGCUGCACCUUCUCUUCUCGCUAUGCAGAAGGAACUAUCAAUGUACACCAUGCAAUCUGGGAAAUGUUUUGUGCUGACUGUUCUGUCGCCCUGCAGUGAAUGAAUGAGUUAAUGUGUCAAAAACAAUGCACUGAAUGAGUGUUGCAUUUCUUUCCUCCUGAUAUCAGUGUGGCUGUCAAGUUGUAACUGAUAAACGAAUUUCUUAAAUAUGAGCAUUUUUGUGAAUUGUAAUAUAUCAGUACCUUAAAUGU